AUGACGGUGGCGGAUGAGCGGGACGAGCGGGGGCAGCUGAUUGAGAAGGAAGAGGCGUUGGAGUGGGGCUGCCUGCUCCGGCGGUCACGGGCUGCGUUGGAGGAACUUUUCUACGGCCGAUACGUGCGGAGAAUUAUCCAGGAGGAGGCCAUUCGACGCGAGAUCUUGUUUCUUCGUGUCAGGGAGGAACACGCUGUGCUAGUGUGCACGUCGAAGGAGCUGAGGGGGCGCCAGAGCGUCGAGAUGCUUGAGCGCAAGGCACGCAAGCUAUUGGCUGGUCGCGAGGCGAGCGCCUUGUAUUAUGUCAUACGCAACAGCAAAGCGAUGAAGGUCCUUUUGAGUCAGGAGGUGACAGAGCGCAGACGACUUCAGGAGUUGGAGCAGUUUCGGUCGUUGUAUCUAUUCAAUAUUUUUUUUCCUGAAAUGUUUGAACGCAUUGGCCUGCGCGAUUUCGAGUCCCGCUUGCGGCGUAAGAUCAUCCAAGGGGCUCGCGAUUCCGCGCUGAACCUAUCACUGUCGAGAAAGGUUGUGGUGGCCGAUUCGAGGGCUCGUUUACCACCACGCGAAUGUGUAAACUCCUGUUCUGAUUCCCACUUGUUUUCCACCAGCGACACCACCACGAGUACUGGGGGUGCUUCCCCGCAUCUUCGCUCAUCCGCCGUUCUCAACAUGGUUGCCACUGUGAAGAGUGCCGUUGCUAACGGGCUUCUUGUGGGUUCACGUGUGAAUUCGGGCGGGGGGGUGGCAUCCCCCUUGAGCAACACUUCCCCCACCCUAUUAGAGGCGAAGCCCCGCAGCCAACUACUAGCCGUUGAGCAGCGCGCCCGCGCUGAUCUCGAAGAAAUUUGUGAUGCUGAGUUUCUUCGAAUUAUUCGUCUGCGUGCGAAUACAAUCCAUAACUGCUACCGAAAGCAGAUUCAGACCGUUGCGCAGCGUGCGAUGCAGUCUUCGCAAGACGAAUUAUGUGCCCUUCGGAAGCAUAUCGCAUUGCUGGAGGCACGGCUCAAGGAGCCAGUUAGUGGGGCCCCCCCCGAGAGCCUACAAUCUUUUUAA